AUGCCGGCCCCUACUGAUGCUACCGCAUCACCUGCGGCGCCUCAGGAGCCCCCAUACACAUAUACUGCCAACAACGGCUACGGCCAGACCCAAGAUGUCCCCGCCGAGCUGCUCAAUCGACAGGAUGCUACCCCGCAGUCUGCAGAAACCGACGAGGACCUCGACGACAUCUUCGACGACGAUGACGAUGGAGCCGACGACUUGUAUACAAACGACUGGAGUGGAGCCUCGGGCGACCUUACCAAGACCUUCAACCGCCAGAGACAGCAAAACAGCAAUGGCGGCGGCGGCGCGCCCGUCGCACGCGGCAACCAGCAAAAGCCUUCGGUCAACACCUGGACCAGCAUCGACGACCAGGUCUCGGCCCUCUCCAAGCACGCCGGCAAGAUCCGCCUCGACGAUGUGAAGCAGACCGAGGACACGAACAAGGACAAGGCCGACCGAGCCACCAGUGACCAAGUGCUGGACCAGCGCACCCGCAUGAUCCUGCUGCAGAUGAUCAACCGCGGCUUCGUCAGCGAGGUCCACGGCGCCAUCAGCACCGGAAAAGAAGCCAACGUCUAUGGCGCCAUUCUCGCCGACGACAACGCGGGCGCCCCGAUCCACCGUGCCAUCAAGGUCUACAAGACGGCCAUUCUCGUCUUCAAGGACCGCGAGCGCUACAUUAGCGGCGAGCACCGCUUCAAGGGCGGCUUCGACAAGGGCAACAACCGCAAAAUGGUCAAGCUCUGGGCGGAAAAGGAGUACCGCAACCUGCGCCGCAUCCACGCCGCCGGCAUUCCCUGCCCCGAGCCCCUCGCCCUCAAGCUGCACGUCCUCGUCAUGGGCUUCCUCGGCGACCGCAAGGGCUGGGCCUACCCGCGCCUGCGCGACGCCGUGCUUCAGGGCGAAGACGUGGACGAGCAGUGGCGCAAGCUCUACAUUCAGCUUCUCGGCUUGAUGCGGAAAAUGUACCAGGUCUGCCGUCUCGUGCACGCCGAUCUGAGUGAGUACAAUAUUCUUUACCAUGAGGCGCAGCUAUACAUUAUCGACGUGUCGCAGAGCGUUGAGCCCGACCACCCACGCUCGCUCGAGUUCCUGCGCAUGGAUAUCAAGAAUGUGGGCGACUUUUUCCGCCGCAAGGGCGUCGACACGCUCGCCGACCGCGCCAUCUUCAACUUCAUCACGGCCGGAGACGGUCCCACCGAGGAGCCCGCCAUGGCUGCGGCCAUUGACAAGCUGUACGAGACCAAUGUGGCCGCCGAGGACGAGGACCACGCCGCGCGGAUCGAGGUCGACAACGAGGUCUUUCGCAACCAGUACAUCCCUCAGACCCUGGAGCAAGUCUACGACAUUGAAAAAGACGCCGCCAAGGUCCGGAUGGGUGAGGGCAAGGACCUCGUCUACAGCAACCUGCUUGCCGAGCAGGUCGUCAAGGCCGCCGACGAAGACGGGGCCGAGGCCGACGUGAGCGGCUCGCCGCACGACUCCGACUCUGAUGACUCGGACGACGGCGCAGGCCUCGGCAGCGCUGACGACGACGACGACGAUGACGACAAGAGUCGCUUUGAAAAGGGAACCCCCAGAGGUCGCCGCUUCGAGGAUAAGGACGAGAAGCGCCUGCACAAGCAGGCUGUCAAGGAGGCCAAGCGCGAGAAGCGCAAGGAAAAGAUUCCCAAGCACGUAAAGAAGCAACUGGUGUCGAGCACUUCACGAAGGAAGAAAUAA